UGUGUGUGUGUCUGAGUGUGUGUGUGUGUGUGUGUGUGUGCCUGAGGUUCAGUUCAGUCCUAAACAGAUCGGGUCGUCUGCUGGGGUGGGGGGGUAUGUUUACACAGCUGCGCUUCACUAUAGUAGUGUGUGCGUGAGAUAAAGCGAAUCAGAUGAAAUAGAGCGUACAGAUCCACGCUUAAAUGAGGGCUCAAAUUAAUCUCGAUCUUUCCGGUCACCGCGUUUGUCUUGUCGUUCAGGUUCACGGUCGGGAUCUGACCCAUCUGCAGAAGCGAGAGGCCUUCCGUAUCCUGGCCAGCUACGAGCAGCCAAUCACGCUUCAGAUUGAGGGCCGGGGGCGGAGCCUGCAGUACAACAGGACGACGGACUGCAGCACGCAGACGGAGCGACCGUGGGACCCUCUCCGGCCGCACUCGUGCACCCUACCGCGACGGCCUCCCUCGGACAGGACGUACUACACUCACUUGACCCUCCCCGGGACCCAUAGAGACGGAAGCAGGUACGAGUACCUACCAAACACGCCCAGAGACCUGGAGCACAGAGGACGACGGGCCUGCAACGACCAUGAGUUCUCCAGCGGCGCGUCUCCGGCACAGAACUGUCUGAGCGGAUGCUGCAACAGCAACCUGGAGGAACCCAGAAGUUUCCAGAGUCAGACUGAUGACGAUGACUACAUGAUGGAGAAACCCCUGGGUUACCUGCCUCUUCAUCACGAGCUGGACAGCGGGCUCGGCUGGACGGACGGUAGCUUCCACCAGGGGGAGCUGUCGGGGGUGGAGACGGAGGAGGGGCUUGAGGAGCGCCACGGCGGGUCACCGUCAUCUGAGUCAUUCAUCUCGUCUGAACUGAGCGACUCGGGUUUUUACAGCGUCAGCACCGGCGAGUUCCUGCGCUUCCAGCGUCUGCUCGAGAAACGCAUGCGCCAUUACAACGCCCGCAUGCACCACCAGGGGGAGCCGUGCUCUCGCGAGCGGCGCGACAGCCAGAUAAAACACCCCCUAGAGGCCAUCCCAGAAACGCUGACGGUGCAGCCUCAAAACGUCUGCACGCCCAUCCAGGGAUCGCGGGUUUUGUCCGUGCAGUACCGUAAGGCGGAGCGUCCAUGUUUGAACAGGCACAGCUCCAGCAGCGGCUCGCUGUUCAAUCCCGCGCCUCAUCCGAGUUCUGCGGGAAUGCUGAGAAGAAGCAGGACGCUGCAUCACGCGCCAAUGGAGUACCGCAGACGGGCGAGUCACCCGGCCUCACCCAACUAUUGCAGGGCCACGCUGCAUCCCUGCGUCCACAGAGUCGACCUGCCCAUGAAUCUCCCUGAGGAGCCGGACUUGGCACUUAUGCACGCUAUUGCACACCCUGUUGUACACCCCACUGCACUCCCUACAAAGACUCUACACGCAAUGAGUCAACCGUCCCUGAUCUCUCCAGUUGACGAACACUGCUGCACGCCUCUGGAUCUUCACGCCAACGGCAGGAUCCGAGCAUCCACCGAACCGCUGAUAACUCCUGACUGGAUGAACCACAUAUGA